AUGAAUACUUUGUAUAAUCAUGUCAACAAGCAGGCAAUCUCAUUGAGAAAGGAUCUGGCCUCUUUGGAAGAAAAUGUCAAGGGCGCUCCAUUAUCACUGGUAGGACAAAUAACUACUACCAUGACAUUACUGACUAAGAGUUUAGAUGAAUAUGAGGAUCUGAUAGAAAAGGAAAGAAAUUUUGAAAAGAAAGCCAAACACGAUACGAGAUUACGAAGUUUCAAGCGAGAAUUGCAAGAAUAUAGAGAUACUUUCCAGUCUCUUCGAAGGAAAAGAGAUGAAGCGAUCAGUAGCACGACAAAGCAACAAUUGUUUGACCGCAGGGUAUCCCAUCAUGGUGCUAGUACAGCUGUUUCAGAUAAUCCGUACAGCGGAGUUGUUUCAAGAGGAGUCUCUCACGAUAAUGGACCUCAUGAAGCUGAAGACAUGUCCAUGAGUGAAGGCCUGUACAAAGAGAAAAAUACAUUUUCUAGGGGUAAUCAGCAAUUGGAUCAUAUUUUAGAAAUGGCUGGAGCUUCAUUGGAUGAGCUGAUUGAACAAAAUGAGUAUAUCAAACGAGCUCAGAGAAAGAUGACAGAUACACUGGAGACUUUAGGUGUAUCCAAAGUUACGAUACGAAGAAUUGAGAAGAAGGCAUUUGAAGACAAGUGGAUUUUUUAUGGUGGCGCUAUAAGUGUUUUUGUUAUUUUCUAUUUGGCGGUCAAAUAUUUAAGAUGA